GCCGCGUGAGCUAGCUAACAUGUUAGCAUGUAAACACUGGAUUAAAUGAACGAGGCAGCGUGCCGUAUAGCGCUCUCGCUCGGUGGCUGAUACUCACUCACUCACUGACUCAGUGACACACAGACAUGGACGUGUUCGUUCUGUGAGGGGAGAGGGUUCGCAGAGCCCAGUCCGCUCGCGCCGCCGUCCGUUGGGCUCCUCGGGGCAGCUGGCAGUCCGUUAACAGCCGCGGCCAGGGCCCCCGGUAACCGCCGGAUCGCGGCCAUUACUGCGUGUUUAUCGGGAAACCACGCGGACAGCUGAACAAUGGGGCUCCGCGCCGAAAGAUGUCCCUGCGUGACAUGUUUCAUGACGGACAGGGGUGGCAAUGUCACCGUUCAAGUGAUUAAAAAAAAAGAAUUUAACUGCGCUAUUAUUGAUUGACUGUGCAGUUGCCAAGAGAACUGUGAUCAUUGUGAUCAUUGGUAGUUACUCAUAUUCACCAAACGAGACGGUCUGUUUUUUUAACUGACUUCAGUGGAUUAUCUACUCACUCUGUGCACCAUGUAGUGAUAGUUGUUUUUUUUUUUUUUAAAUAUAUUUUCAUAGUUUAUUGUUAUUGACAUUGACAGUUUCUCCUGCUGUUGCUAUAACAAAAUUCAGCAUGUACUGGCUGCUGUUGUCUGCUCCUCCAGCACUUCCUGUAGGCUCUGAGACAUACAGUAUAAUACAGAAUAUAUGUCCACACUGAUAAUAUCACAGAAAAAUAUGAGUCUGUAACUCUUCACUCUGUUUGCUGCAAGCUGCUUUUAAUAUUUUAAUAUUUUGCACAGUCAAAUCAUCAUGUUAACAAGCUAGCAAUUGAAAGGGAUUGUUAGUCUCUCUUAUCACUGGAGUUGCCUUAUGUCGUAAUAGAUGAAAUACGAACAUGGUGAAGAGCUUCAGGGUGUCUGACCUGCAGACGCUGUUGGCUUCCAUGGGGCGCAGUAAGAGUGGCCUGAAGCAGGACCUCGUAGGACGAGCCCUCAGGCUUGUACAGACUGAAUACAGCCCGGAGCUGCUCAAGAAUGUCCGCCAGCUCUACGAGUCCCGCUUUCCUAAGGCCGCAGGCUGGCUCCCUGCACGCCGGCCCGACGUGGUCCCAGUGACUCAGUCCACUCGUAGUGCCUCACCUGCUACUAACGGGCAUGGCACGGACUACCUCAACGGUGUGCCGAAGCCAUCUCCCACCCCUGUGUCUGAAGUAAAACUAAUCUCGCUGCCGUUCUACCAGACCCUGGAGACACUGGUUCCCCCUACUGAAUUAAUUGCACAGAACUGUGAGAAGCUACAGGACAGUCCAUGCACGUUUGAAUUAACCCCAAGCCAGGCAGAACUGAUCAGAAAUUCCAGUGAGCUUCGUCCAGGAACAAAGUCAGUCCAGGUGGUUCUAAGAAUUUGCUACACAGACCCUGUUGGUGUUCAGGAGGACCAGUAUCCCCCAAAUAUUGCAGUCAAAGUAAAUCAGUCCUACUGUCAUGUGCCAGGUUACUACCCUUCCAACAAACCUGGUGUGGAGCCCCGUCGGCCCUGUCGUCCUGUUAACAUCACACCCUGGUUACACCUCUCCACUGCUACCAACCGCAUCACUGUCACCUGGGGCAACUUUGGAAAGCGCUACUGUGUGGCAGUGUACAUUGUGAGGGUCUUUACGUCAGCAGAUCUCUUCAACAAACUCAAGCAUUGCUCAGUGGAGAGCCCAGAGCGCUGCCGUGAACGUAUUCAAGACAAGCUACGUUUUGACCCAGAAAGUGAAAUUGCAACCACAGGGCUGCGAGUCUCACUAAUCUGCCCACUGGUGAAGAUGCGGCUCAAUGUUCCGUGUCGGGUCUUGACCUGCGCCCAUCUGCAGUGCUUCGAUGCGGUGUUCUUCCUGCAGAUGAAUGAGAAGAAGCCCACAUGGACAUGUCCUGUGUGCGACAGUCCAGCUCCUUUUGAUCUGCUUACUAUUGAUGGGCUUCUAUCUGAAAUCCUCAAGGAGACUGAGGACGUGGAAGAAAUAGAGUACUUGACCGAUGGUUCCUGGAGACCAAUCCGAGAUGAGAAGGAGAAGGAGCGAGAAAGGGAGCGCAGUAACACACCUGAGUACCACAUGCUGGACAUGUGCUCCGCAGAGAUGAACGGCCACUCCCCAGCACCCAGCAGCACGAGCCAGACGGGGAAGUUGGGUUUGGGUGGUUCCACUGCCCCGACAGGAGCUGGUGGAGGAGUAGUGGUAGACCUCACCCUGGACUCUUCCUCGGAGGAGGAAGAGGGAGGUGGGACAGCGGAGGACAGUGAGGACACAGACGACAGCCCAGAAAGGCGACCUCCAAAAAGGGGUCGCUAUGAUUAUGACAAGGACUUAGUCACUGCAUACUGACUGCCUGGACCUACAAACUGAGGGUGGGUUUGGGGUAGAGCUGUCCUUCUACGCACGCAAAACACAAACACACACAGUGUCGGCCUCUGGAGGGUUUAGGCUGCCUCACUAUAGCACUGCAAAAACAGAGCUACCCCCUGCGCUGCUGUCCCUCGCACCCUGUCAUUAUACACCAGUUCCUUCCUCUAACUGAAGUUGGACAUGAGUAAUUUCUCCCCCCACCUCUUAUUUGCCUCUCUCUCUCUCUUUGUAUAGCCUGUACUCCUGCUCUAAGAGCCAUACUCUUGUUUGUGUUGCUGUCACCUGGUGGUAAUUUUUGAAAGACAUGCAACAGUACAGGAAAGGUGCUUGAGGAAGGACUCUUUUUUUUUUUUUUUUUUGAACCUCAGAAUCAGCAUUGAACCUCAAGAACAGUAAGUUACUGACAGGAUGCAAAUACAACCUCUGGCUUCGUCUUUUAGUUUCAGCUUUAUUAUACUUCUUGAAAAAAUGAGGUCUAUAAUUGCAUGGGAUCUAAAAGGUCACUGUUUCAUUUAUAUCAGUGACUGAUGUGAAAAUCGGAGACUUGUUUUCCCCCUCCAUUUUUCUUCCUUAACACGGACAACCUACCUCAGUAAAUGCAAAACUUGAUGGGAAGAAAACACAUUAAAGAAGCAGGAGAGACACAGGAGAGGAAAUGUCUUAAUUUCUUGAUUUUCGUCAUAAUUUACUUCCUUAAUGGUGGAAUGUUUCUCAGCAGAGAAGCUUAAUAAUAGGGUGUUGAACUUCCAUCCAGAUGUGUGCAGUGCAGGUACAUUGCUGUGUUACUGUGACAGUUACCAGUCAUUGAGUAGUUGGUGCUCAGCAGGAUGGUGCCUUGCGAGGUUGAAGUCUGUCUGUUCCUGCCAUUCUGAGGUCAUGUGCUUCAGCAGUGGGUAUUUUCCCAGCCAUGGUGUAUUGGGAGUAAUGGGAAAAAAUGGACUAAUUCCCGCACACACAAUUAACAGUUAAUGUACGUUCAGUUCUUGUUCAAUGUUCUGAUUACAUUCAUCAGCAGAAGAGCAGUGUUCUUAAAUUUAAAAAUCCUAGUAGUUUUUUCUUUUUUAAAAAAAAAAAAAAAACCAUUUGGUAACUAAUGGAGUAAUUUUGGCAGUGAAUAUAUAUGUUAUGAGCAUUUAUGAAGUUAUUUCUCCAAGGAUUUAAGUUAUUUAUUCUUUUUUUUAACGUGUGCAGGAAUAUUGGAGUUUGACUAAAGCUGCAUCUUUUUAAUUCUGGGAAAUUUUAGCCCUAUAGAAGGUAGGAGGAAGUAGAGCGCAUAUUCCAUUCUGUGCAUUCGUUGUCAGAGACAAUUACUUCCGCAACAACAUAUAGGUUCUCAAUAAAAUCCACAGAAAUUUCUGUCCAUUAGCUUAAAAGUUAAUACAAGGAGCAUCACAAUGUGUUAAUUCCUCACAGUCAUUUUCAUUGAUGAAAAAAUCAGAACAUUACAAGUUCUAGCUUGACAGAACAGUUGUACAUAAAUAACCUUAGGGCCUGUGUUGAUCAGAUUUGUUUUUGUCUUUUGCCAAUUUAAGUUUAAAUGUUGCUACACUGUCAAACAGAUAAUAUAUAGUAUUUGGCUUUUUUGCCGAGAAUGCGUGCCAUGGAACUGGAAAAGGUUGCGAUGGCAUCUUACGGUGGGGCAUUUUGUGUUUGAAGCUAGAGCAACUAGCUAUAAUGGACCCAACACCAGAUCCAAGAUGCUUUGGGCAGUGGGGUUUGUAUGUGUGUGUGUUGUUGACAGCUAGAGGCUGAUAUUGAGGUGAAAAAACAGUGGUGCAUGCUCAGUUCAGUUCUGUCCUGGACUUUUGUCAAUAUGUAUAAGGGAGCAAACAUCCUUAUUGUUUUCCUCUCAGUUGUUCGAGAACUGUUCAGACAUAUUUGGUUUGUGUUGUUUUGCAUUAGGAAGUCUACAUAGCACUGUCCUUAAGCGAUGGAAAAUGUCACCGUUGUCAUUAGGUUUCUCGCGUUUUGAAUCUAAAACUAGAGGCUGUCAUGGAAAGGUUUGUAAUGCUGAUGGUUCUUUAAGCCCCUUUAAACAGACCUAUACAAUCCAGCCAUUAGGUGUGUGUCACUAAGUGUUUAGUUUGACAUAUUUCCUUUUCAGUGUCAUUAUGUUUUCAAUUGGAUCAAACUUGGGUGCAGUGGAAGUGAACCAUCUUCCCACUACGGCUGUGGAUAUCUGUCUCUGGAAAUAAGUGGCACGAUAAAGUGGAACUUUACUUUUAUGUGUUGUACUCACAACUGCUGAUAGCUGUGUUCAUUAGUUUGGGCUUUGUUUUAAAUUUUUUGCAAUUAAUUUGUUAAAAAAUUUGGUUUUUCUUUUCACCGAUUAAUUCCUUGUAGCAGUGAGGUGAGCAGUAGAAUGGCCAAGCUGCCUGACCUCUCACCACACAACUAAGCCUGUAAGUUAAGCUGAAACUAGAUAUACAGUUUAAUAUUAUAAAGGAGAGUGUCAUAUUGUGUAUCUCCUAAUCUGAUCCCUGUCAUUGCAUUACACUAUCUGCAAGUGGGGCUGCAUACUGUUAUUUAUCAAGGAUAAUAUUCAGAGUCCUUGCUAAUGCGCCAUCACAUAAGCGAUAGAAACAAUCUAUUGUAUUCUAUUUCUUUAUGUAGUUUUUUUAACUAUUCAAUCCUAAGUGUGUGGCUCUCGCGUUAGUGCUAAUAUUUGACUUAAACGAACAGGGACUUUACAGAUUACCAUGUAUUUUUAAGAAUUAUCCAUCUGUUUCGUAGGUUGCAUCUUGCACUAAUCUCACUAGUAGCUAAUAAAAUAUAUGUGACCUAUGAGUUACUACAGGUAAAGAAAAUAAUCAAAAUUAAUAACCUAAAAUAUAGAAAUCCAUCUUCUUCUAAGCCUGUGUGACAGAGAGUAUCCAUGGUUUUUAGUAUGAUAAAAAGGGGAAGAAAAAAAAAAAACAUUUGAUUAAACUAACUUCUAAAAGUUGCAUAAUGACAGACUACCACAGCACAAGAAAUUCAUAUCCAUGAUCUUAUUUCAUAGUCCAAAUAAGAACUGAUACAGGUAGUUUUUUUUAAUACACACAUAUAUAUAUAUAUAUAUAUAUAU